ACAGCAUGCCGACUUGCACUUGAGUAUGCUUACUUUGGAACGGCGUUUGUUAAUCAGAAAAAGUUCAAUCUGCGGCCAAGCCAGUUGUUGUGUUCGGCUUGCGUAGUGCGUAUAAAAAAACACGUGCGCAAGUUUUGCCUCUGGCAAACAGAACGAAUCGUCGACUUGGCGUGAAAUUUUUAAAACACAUUUGGGUGAUAUUGGAAGUGAAAAAAACGACGGCAGCAGCGCAAUGGCCACAACAGAUACAGAUUGUUACCUCGAGCUGGAGGACGGCACGGUGAUGCCGGGCUGCUCUUUCGGUGCCAAGGACGUAGCUACAAGUGGAGAGGUGGUCUUCCAGACGGGCAUGGUGGGCUAUACGGAGGCCUUGACCGAUCGCUCGUACAGCGGACAGAUUCUGGUGCUGACCUAUCCGCUGAUUGGCAACUAUGGUGUGCCGGAUGAUGGGCCGCUGGACGCGUACGGGCUGCCGGAGCCUUUCGAGUGGUUCGGCGGUGCUGUUCAAGUGUCUGGCCUGGUGGUGGGCGAGAUAUGUGACACGCCCUCGCAUUGGCGCUCCAAGCGCACCCUGUCCCAGUGGCUGGCUGAGCAUAGGGUGCCCGGCAUCAGCGGCAUCGAUACGCGCUGCCUAACCAAGAAGCUGCGCGAACAGGGCAGCAUGCUGGGACGCAUCGUUUACGUGGAGCCGCGCGAGCAGGCGAAGGUCGUGAUCCCGGACCCAAACGAACGCAAUUUGGCCAAGGAGUGCGCCGUUAAGCAGAUGCUAAUGUUCAAGUCGCCGCAGGGUCCAGCUGGUCCGCGCAUUGCCGUCAUGGAUUGCGGCCUGAAGGUGAACCAGAUACGCUGCUUGCUGCAGCGCGGCGCCUCAGUGCAGCUGCUGCCUUGGAGCGCACAACUGCAGGCGGACCAGUACGACGCGCUGUUCCUCUCGAAUGGACCCGGCAAUCCGGCCAGCUGUCAGCAAAUCGUCGAGCAGCUGCAGCUGGUCUUGAAGGCUGGCGACAAGCCGAUCUUCGGCAUCUGCCUGGGGCAUCAGCUGCUGGCCACAGCCAUCGGCUGCACCACCUACAAGAUGAAGUACGGCAAUCGCGGCCACAACCUGCCCUGCCUGCAUCGGGCCAGCGGUCGCUGUUUGCUCACGUCCCAGAAUCACGGCUAUGCCGUCGACUUGGCUCAGCUGCCUGGCGAUUGGGAGGAGCUGUUCGUCAAUGCCAACGAUGGCACCAACGAGGGCAUUGUGCAUCGCAGCAAGCCCUACUUUUCGGUGCAGUUUCAUCCGGAGCACCAUGGUGGUCCGCAGGAUACCGAGUUCCUAUUCGAUGUCUUUCUCGAUGCCAUACGAGAGCCGGCGAAGAGCGUGCCAGAGCUAAUCGCAUCCAGAUUGUGCGCGACACGACCCGAACCGCAUCCUCGUCCGCGCAAGGUGCUCAUCCUGGGCUCCGGCGGCCUGUCCAUUGGCCAGGCCGGUGAAUUCGACUACUCCGGCUCGCAGGCCAUCAAAGCGAUGCGCGAGUCCAACAUACAAACGGUGCUGAUCAAUCCGAACAUUGCCACGGUGCAAACGUCGAAGGGCAUGGCCGACAAAUGCUAUUUCCUGCCCUUGACGCCCGACUAUGUGGAGCAGGUGAUCAAGUCGGAGCGGCCCAACGGCGUCCUGCUCACCUUUGGCGGCCAGACGGCCCUCAACUGCGGCGUCGAGCUGGAGCGUGCGGGCGUCUUUGCCAAGUACAACGUCCGCAUUCUGGGCACGCCCAUUCAGUCGAUCAUUGAGACGGAGGAUCGCAAGCUGUUCGCCCAGCGGGUGAAUGAGAUCGGGGAACGUGUGGCGCCCUCUGAGGCCGUCUAUACUGUGGCUGGGGCACUGGAGGCCGCCGGCCGUCUGGGCUAUCCGGUGAUGGCACGCGCUGCCUUCUCGCUGGGUGGCCUCGGCUCAGGCUUUGCCAACAACGAGAACGAACUGACGACGCUGGCCCAGCAGGCGCUCGCCCAUUCCAGUCAGCUGAUCGUCGACAAAUCGCUCAAGGGCUGGAAGGAGGUCGAGUACGAGGUUGUCCGCGAUGCCUAUGACAACUGCAUCACCGUCUGCAACAUGGAGAACUUCGAUCCACUGGGCAUACACACCGGCGAGAGCAUUGUGGUGGCGCCCUCGCAGACCCUCUCCGAUCGCGAGUACCAAAUGCUGCGCAGCACCGCGCUGAAGGUCAUCCGGCACUUUGGGGUCGUCGGCGAGUGCAACAUUCAAUACGCUCUGUGCCCCCACUCGGAGCAGUACUACAUCAUCGAGGUGAAUGCCCGAUUGUCGCGCAGCUCGGCGCUCGCCAGCAAGGCGACGGGCUAUCCGCUGGCCUAUGUCGCCGCCAAGCUGUCGUUGGGUGAGCCGCUGCCGGAGAUUCGCAACUCGGUGACGGGCAACACGACGGCCUGCUUUGAGCCGAGCCUCGACUAUUGUGUGGUUAAGAUACCGCGCUGGGAUCUGGCCAAAUUCAUGCGUGUGAGCAAGCACAUCGGCAGCUCGAUGAAGAGCGUCGGCGAGGUGAUGGCCAUUGGACGCUGCUUUGAGGAGGCCAUACAGAAGGCACUGCGCAUGGUCGAUGGCGACGUCCAGGGCUUCGAUCCGUAUCUGGCGGCCGUUGACAAGGAGCAGCUAUCGGAGCCCACAGACCGUCGGCCCUUCGUGCUGGCCGCAGCCCUGCGUGCGGGCAUGUCCAUCGGGGAGCUGCACGACCUGACCAAGAUCGAUCGUUGGUUCCUGCACAAGCUGCAGCACAUCAUCAAGUUCUAUGGCAAGCUCGAGUCGGCCGGCAGCCAACUGACGCCGUCUCUGCUGCUGAGCGCCAAGCGCCUGGGCUUUGCGGACAAGCAAAUAGCCAUGGCCACCAACAGCACUGAGCUGGCGGUGCGGCAAAAGCGACACCAGCACAACAUUCGACCCUUCGUCAAGCAGAUUGACACCGUCGCAGGCGAAUGGCCAGCCAGCACGAACUAUCUGUACAACACGUACAACGCGUCGGAGCACGACGUCCUCUUUCCCGGUGGCCACACGAUCGUCGUCGGGUCGGGUGUCUAUCGCAUUGGCUCCUCGGUGGAGUUCGAUUGGUGUGCCGUCGGCUGUCUGCGCGAGCUGCGCAAUCUGAAGAAGUCGACCAUCAUGAUCAACUACAAUCCGGAAACGGUGUCCACCGACUAUGACAUGUGCGAUCGGCUGUACUUCGAGGAGAUUAGCUUCGAGGUCGUCAUGGAUAUCUACGAGAUGGAACGCUCUGACGGCAUUAUCCUGUCGAUGGGCGGCCAGCUGCCCAAUAAUAUUGCCAUGGACUUGCAUCGCCAGCAGGCCAAGGUGCUGGGCACCUCGCCCGAGUCGAUUGACUGUGCCGAGAAUCGUUUCAAGUUCUCGCGCAUGCUCGACCGCAAGGGCAUACUGCAGCCGCUGUGGAAGGAGCUGACCAAUCUCCAGUCGGCCGUCGAGUUCUGUCGCGAGGUGGGCUAUCCCUGCCUUGUGCGUCCGUCGUAUGUCCUGUCCGGCGCCGCGAUGAAUGUGGCUUACUCGGACCAGGACUUGGAGACGUAUCUGAAUGCCGCCUCCGACGUGAGUCGCGAGCAUCCGGUGGUCAUAUCCAAAUUCCUCACCGAAGCCAAGGAAAUCGAUGUGGAUGCCGUUGCGGCCGACGGCCAAAUCCUGUGCAUGGCCGUCUCCGAGCAUGUGGAGAACGCGGGCGUUCAUUCGGGCGACGCCACACUGGUCACACCGCCACAGGACCUCAACGCAGAGACCCUGGAGGCCAUCAAGCGCAUCACCCGCGACUUGGCCAGCGUGCUGGACGUGACUGGGCCCUUCAACAUGCAGCUGAUUGCCAAGAACAACGAGCUCAAGGUCAUCGAGUGCAAUGUGCGAGUCUCGCGCUCCUUCCCCUUCGUCUCGAAGACGCUCGAUCACGACUUUGUGGCAACGGCGACACGCGCCAUUGUCGGCAUGGAAGUGGAGCCCAUCGACGUGCUCCAUGGCGUCGGCAAGGUGGGCGUCAAGGUGCCACAAUUCAGCUUCUCGCGUCUAGCCGGCGCCGAUGUCCAGCUGGGCGUCGAAAUGGCCUCAACGGGCGAGGUGGCCUGCUUCGGCGACAAUCGCUACGAGGCCUAUCUGAAAGCCAUGAUGUCCACCGGCUUUCAGAUACCCAAAAAUGCAAUUCUCCUCUCCAUUGGCAGCUUCAAGCACAAAAUGGAGCUGCUCUCUUCCAUUCGUGAACUGGCCAAAAUGGGCUACAAGCUGUACGCCUCGAUGGGCACCGGCGACUUCUAUGCGGAGCAUGGCGUUGAUGUGGAGUCUGUACAGUGGACAUUCGAUAAGACGACACCCGAUGACAUAAACGGAGAGCUGCGACACUUGGCCGAGUUCUUAGCCACCAAGCAGUUCGAUCUGGUUAUCAAUUUGCCCAUGCGUGGCGGCGGCAUACGCAGGGUCUCAUCGUUCAUGACCCAUGGCUAUCGGACACGUCGCCUAGCCGUCGACUAUUCCAUACCCCUGGUAACGGACGUCAAGUGCACCAAGCUGCUGGUGGAAUCGAUGCGUGUGACUGGCCGCAAUCCGCUCAUGAAGACCCACACCGACUGCAUGACAUCGCGUCGCAUUGUUAAGUUGCCUGGCUUUAUAGACGUGCAUGUGCAUCUCCGAGAGCCGGGCGCCACACACAAGGAGGACUUUGCCAGCGGCACGGCAGCCGCUUUGGCUGGCGGCGUCACCAUGGUCUGCGCCAUGCCCAAUACGAAUCCCUCAAUCGUGGACCGAGAGACGUUCAAUCAGUUCCGCGAGCUGGCGCGCGCUGGCGCUCGCUGCGACUAUGCGCUAUAUGUGGGCGCCUCCGAUACCAACUGGGAGCAUGUCUCGGAGCUGGCCAGCCAGGCGUGCGGCUUGAAGAUGUAUCUGAACGACACGUACGGCACGUUGAGGCUCAGCGACAUGGCUGCCUGGCAGCGUCAUCUGUCGCGCUGGCCCAAGCGAGCGCCCGUCGUCUGCCAUGCGGAGCGACAGAGUAUGGCCGCUGUCAUUUUGCUGGCCCAUCUGCUGGAGCGGCCGGUGCACAUUUGUCACGUGGCCCGCAAGGAGGAGAUUCAGCUGAUACGCGCCGCCAAGGAGAAGGGUCUGCGUGUCACCUGUGAGGUGUGUCCGCAUCAUCUGUUCCUUAGCACACGCGACGUGGAGCGCUUGGGCGUUGGCAUGGCCGAGGUGCGACCGUUGCUCUGCUCGCCCGAGGAUCAGGAAGCGCUGUGGGAGCACAUGGAGUAUAUUGAUGUCUUUGCCACUGACCAUGCGCCGCACACGUUAGCCGAAAAACAAUCGGAGCGACCGCCGCCCGGCUUCCCCGGCCUGGAGACCAUAUUGCCAAUGCUCUUGCAGGCCGUCAGCGAGGGUCGACUCACACUGGAGGACAUUAAGCGUAAGUUCCAUCGCAAUCCGCGCAACAUCUUCAAUCUGCCCGAGCAGCCGCAGACGUAUGUGGAGAUCGAUCUGGACGAGGAGUGGACCAUCAACAACAACGAGCUGAAGACAAAGGCACAGUGGACGCCCUUCAAUGGCACCAAGGUCACGGGUCGCGUUCAUCGCGUUGUGCUGCGCGGCGAGGUGGCCUACAUUGAUGGCCAGGUGCUCGUCCAGCCGGGCUUUGGGCAAAAUGUGCGCGCCAAGCUGCCACUGCCGCAAAAGUCCGAAAUGGAAGGCAGCGAACUGCCCAGCGAUAUGGAUGCCAACGACACCUUUGCGCGCCUCCUGACCGAAGGCACCGGCGCCGUUGGCUCACGUGCCUCGACCGUCCAUUUCGUGGAUGAGGCCAGCACGAGUACAUCGCCGGCUGCGGGCAGCUUCUUGCGUCCGGUGUCGCCGUCGCCACGCCUGCGCCUCGACUCCUCCAGCAAUGCGACCCUAAGGGAGUAUCUGCAAAAGAAUUCGCUGUUGUCGGAGCCGAAGCCCGUCGCGCACUGCUUGGUGGGCAAGCAUGUGCUCUCUGUGGACACGUUCGAUAAGGAGCGGCUCAACGAUCUGUUCAACUUGGCGCAGCUGCUGAAGUCGCGCGUGACCAAGGAUCGACCCGUCGACGAUUUGCUGCGCGGCAAAAUCAUGGCCAGCAUCUUCUACGAGGUGAGCACACGCACCCAGUGCAGCUUCAGUGCGGCGAUGCAGCGUCUGGGCGGCCACGUCAUCAACAUGGAUCAGGUCACCUCUUCGGUGAAGAAGGGCGAAACGCUGGAGGACAGCAUCAAGGUGAUGGCCAGCUAUGCAGAUGUUCUGGUGCUGCGUCAUCCCGAACCAGGCGCCGUUUCGCGUGCUGCAUCGUUUUCGCGAAAGCCUCUGAUCAAUGCCGGCGAUGGGGUCGGUGAGCACCCCACGCAGGCGCUGCUGGACGUGUUUACCAUACGUGAGGAGAUCGGCACUGUCAACGGCCUGACAAUCACCAUGGUCGGCGAUCUCAAGAAUGGACGCACCGUCCAUUCAUUGGCCCGCCUCCUAACCCUCUACAAUAUCACGCUGCAGUAUGUCGCUCCGUACGGACUGGGCAUGCCCGAGGAGAUUAUGCGAUAUCUGCAGGAGCGCGGCGUCACCCAAGUAAUCUUUGACACCAUUGAACAGGCGCUGCCCACCACCGAUGUUCUCUACAUGACACGCAUACAGCGUGAACGCUUCCAGACCGAGGAGGAAUAUCAACGCUUCUGUGGCCACUUCAUAGUGACGCCCAAGUUGAUGACGCGGGCCAAUAAACGGACCAUUGUGUUGCAUCCAUUGCCGCGCGUCGAGGAGAUCAGUCGUGACUUCGACUCGGAUCCACGUGCAGCCUAUUUCCGGCAGGCGGAGUAUGGCAUGUACAUUCGCAUGGCGCUGCUGGCUAUGGUCGUUGGUUGCCGCAGCACGGCGCUUUGA